CACAGUCUCUCACAGUCACACACACACACAGUCUCUCUGCCUGUGUCUCUCUGUGUGUCUCAGUGUCUCUCUGUGUCUCUCUGUGUCGCUUGCAGUGUCUCUGUGUCUCUGUCUCUCUGUGUCUCUCUCCCAGUGUCUCUCUGUGUCUGUGUCUCUCUGUCUCUCUCUCCCAGUGUCUCCGUGUCUCUGUGUGUGAGUGUCUCUCUGUGAGUGUCUAUCUGUGACUCUCUCCCAGUGUCUCUGUGUCUCUCUGAGUCUCUGUGUGUCUCUCUGUGAGUGUCCCUGUGAGUGUCUCUGUGAGUGUCUGAGUGGUAGUGCCAUGGCGUUCCUCAGCACAUGGGUUCCUAAAGACAUGCAGCGUGCUACGAAUGUGGUGUAUCAGUCUCACCACGUGAGUCGCUCCAAGCGUGGCCAGGUGGUCGGGAACCGGGCCGGGUUCAGGGGAUGCACCAUCUGGCUUACAGGUCUGUCCGGAGCGGGCAAGACGACCCUGGGCUUUGCGCUGGAGGAGUAUCUGGUGGUGCACGACAUCCCCUGCUACUCGCUGGACGGUGACAACGUCCGCCACGGCCUCAACAAGAACCUGGGCUUCACGCCGAGCGACCGCGAGGAAAACAUCCGGCGCAUCGCAGAGGUGGCCAGGCUGUUCGCUGACGCGGGGCUGGUGUGCAUCACCUCGUUCAUCUCUCCCUACCAGCGGGACCGUGAGAAUGCCCGUAAGAUCCACUCUGACGCUGGGCUGCCCUUCUUUGAGCUCUUUGUGGACGCUCCGCUGGAGGUCUGUGAGCAACGAGACGUGAAAGGCCUCUACAAGAAGGCCAGAGCCGGGGAGAUCAAGGGCUUCACCGGCAUUGACUCGUCGUACGACAAGCCGGAGACUCCGGACCUGGUGCUCAAGACGAGCGAGACGACCAUCGAUGAGUGCGUCAUGCGGAUCGUGGAGCUCCUGCAGGAGGGGGGUAUUGUGCCCAUGUCCGCCACAGUGGAGGUCAAGGAGCUCUUCGUAGCUGAGAACGCCGUGAGCGCCCUGCAGGCCGAGAUGCAGGGCUUGCCCACACUGAGCAUCACAGAGUUGGACCUGCAGUGGGUGCAGGUGCUGUCUGAGGGCUGGGCUACGCCGCUGGCCGGCUUCAUGCGUGAGAGGGAAUACUUACAGUGCCUGCACUUCAACUGCCUGCUCGAUGGCGGGGUGAUGAAUCUGUCUGUCCCUGUGGUGCUUCCCGUCUCCACGGAGGACAAACAGCGGCUGGAGGGAGGUGCGGCCAUCGCCCUCGUGUACCAGGGGGUGAAAGUUGCUGUGCUCCGUAAUUUGGAGUUCUUUCCGCACCGCAAGGAGGAGCGCUGUGCCCGGCAGUGGGGCACCACCUGCAAGGAACACCCCUACAUCAAGAUGGUGCUGGAGAGUGGCGAGUGGCUGGUGGGCGGUGACCUGGAGGUGCCGGAGCGAAUCCGCUGGGGUGACGGGCUGGACGAGUACCGGCUCUCGCCCGUUGAGCUGCGCAACAAAUUCCGUCAACUCAACGCCGACGCGGUCUUCGCCUUCCAGCUGCGCAACCCGGUGCACAACGGCCACGCGCUGCUCAUGAGCGACACGCGCCGGCGCCUUCGCGAGCGCGGCUACCGCUCCCCCGUGCUGCUGCUGCACCCACUGGGCGGCUGGACCAAGGAGGACGACGUGCCACUGGCCUGGCGCAUGCGGCAGCACGCCGCCCUCGUGGAGGACGGAGUGCUGGACCCACUCACCACCGUACUCGCCAUCUUCCCCUCGCCCAUGAUGUACGCCGGGCCUACGGAGGUGGGAAGCAUCGAAGCAUAG